CGCAGUCACAGCUAUAGUCAACACCAGCAGCCAACCCGCAAAGUCAAGUAAAAAAAAAAAGCACACAUAUAUUUUUAUAUAUAUUUAAAAUUAGCUCAGUGAUGCGAAUAUUUGUCAGACUUCGACGAGCGAGGUGCAGCAAAAGAAAAUCCUGAAAUACGGAGCGGCGAAUGGUGUAUAAACUAUACAUAAAGAGUGAAGAAAAAGUCUAAUUCAUUUUUAUGAAUCAAUGAAAAAUCGCAGCUCAACCAUCAGAGGAAUGAAAACUUCCGCUGGAUAGUGUAAGCCAAAUACACCACGUCAAAGCGGUGACUAUAUACUGGUCUCCGCCAUGAAGACUGUGCAGCUUUGGGCAGUGCUUAUUGGCCUGCUGAAGUGGUGCGUGAUUUUCGACAUCGCCGAUAAUAGGGUCCAUUGCAGUAAUAGUGACAGGGUUCUCGACAAUAAUAACCCACCGGAAAUCAGCAGCAAUACCAACACUUCUUCAGCAUUUCGUAGCCCGCCUUUCAGCGCCUCAAAGUGGCUCGCCGGGAAAUCCCACAACAUGAAGCGACUCAGCAGCGUAGUCUACAAACAAAGGCAACCCGUGGCUCAUCAUCACGAAAGAAACCAAACCCAUCAUCUCAGCAAAAGGCCCUGGAUCAGGCCCAUCAACAGGAACUUCAAUCCCAGCAGCUUCCGACCAGCAGCAGCAGCAGCAUCAGGUCUACCUUCUCCAACACAAAGCCUCCUAAAUCCCGAAGACGGCCACGAGGAUGACGUAUUAUGCGAAAAUUCUGCUCAUCCAAAGAGACCAUUAUUUGCCCGACCGCUUCAAAAGGUCUUUCAAAACCCUGCAGCUGAAUCUCAUCACAAUAAGCAGCAUGUGAUCCCGUCACUGAGGAUCCCUGAUACUGACGCCGAAAGGAUCCCCGUGAUCGGCAUGCUGCCGCCUGACGUAAUUGCUCAAGAUCAGCAAACGAGACCCGGGAUCGAUGAUGGUCAACAUCAGCAUCAGGAAAUUACUAUUCAGAGAAAGCCUUCGUCAUACAAUCACAAAUUCCAACAGCAGAACCAUCAGCAGCACCCGGGUCAGUUUACCAGAAUGCCUCAGGAGAAACCCGUCAUUAUUCCGCAACCCGGCGCGCCGUCAUUAAAUUCCGACGUGCAAUCAGUCGUCCCAACAGAUCCCAAUCAUUUCGGGGUCCAUGAAAAGCUUCAUCCCCGAAUGGAAGUGAACAAUGAUAAUCAGCAACAAUCAUCAUUAGUUGACCAACAGCAGCAAAAUCCAGCAGUGCCGCCGAAACCCCAAACCUCGGCCAGCGUAGAACCCGUCGUGUUUGAAAACCCUUCGCCGAUAACAGAAAUCCCGAUGAUUUCAGUCAAUGACUUAUUGGUAACUGCGGUACCAACAGAAGUGGUACCACCAGAACAAGAAAAGUGCGAACCCAUCCUCAGCAGUGGCAGCAAUAACAUGGUCUCAGUGACGCCAAUGGUUCCCAAUAAUAGUCCCAAUAACGAACCCGUCGGACCCAGUAGUGUUCAAAGUUUCUCUUCCAAGAAAUCCUUGAAAUUCCUGCGACGGGCAAAUUUCGGAGGCAGCAGCGUUCACUUGGGGAAUUUGAAAGUGGUCGAAGACCAUCCUGAAAUGCAUUUUGAAAGUGCGGAAGAGAUUCAGAGGAGCCCAGCUGAAAUCAAUAAUGAAACCGUCAAGGUCGAGACGAAUAAAUCAACAGCAACUGAAAGUGGAAUACCUGAAGUGAUUCCUCCGGGUAUUUGGAUUGACAAGCAGGAUGGAAAGGGACUCAAACCGAUGAUUAAAGCGUGAUAUGUUGAUAUUUCAAAAGAAA